CAGAGAAAAACUUCUCUUAGAGCGGAACGAUACGGUGCACUCCUCUGUACUUCUCCCACCAAUCGUAAAUUACCUUCUCUACUGCUUGACGUCACGCGUCCGCGAGUUCCACGGCAACGCUGCCGACAGCCGAGGGUGUACCAACGCGACGAGCCGAAAGCCAAGCCAAAACAGUAGCGUGUGUUAGCAAGAUAUACACUUGGUGUGACGUCUAUUGUGUAGUAUUUCGCACAUGGUGGCUUUGUUUAUCCUCUAAUUAUAUCUUUAUCUGUGAGUUUUUCGAUACGUGCAUCUUGCCCUGACAGUCAUGUCAUUAGAUCAGACAGUAUGUGAAGAUCUAAAGGCUUUUGAAAGACGGCUGACUGAGGUUAUUGCCAGUCUACAACCUGCCACUAUGCGAUGGAGAAUGUUAUUGUGUUUGAUGUCCACCUGCACCGCUGUUGGUGCUUGGCACUGGAUAACAGAUCCUAUCACACCUACAGUACCUUUCACACAGAGUUUAUACAAUCAUCCUUUCUUUACAAUAGCUACUAUAAUAUUAGUGAUAUUGUUUAUGAUGGGAGCUCACAGACGAGUAAUAGCACCUAGUAUUAUAACUCAGAGAGCCAGAAGUGUUCUUGGCGAUUUCAAUAUGAGCUGUGAUGAUACUGGGAAGCUGAUUUUGAAGCCCACAAGACCUCAACAUCCUCAUGAAACGUAGAAUAUUGUAAAUUUAUUUCAGUGAAAAUAAGCAAAAUAUUAAUUUUUUGUAUAAUAAAACAUUUGCUCCAAAAUAUCAUAGUUAACAAAAGAAUUUAAAAUUGUACAUUUCAUUUGCUCCAAAAUAUCAUAGUUAACAAAAGAAUUUAAAUUAUAUAUUUCAAGACUUAUAUAAACCUUGUAUAUUUUGAGAACUUCUGUUUACUUCUGUAUGUAUGUAAACCUUUAUAUAUUAUAUAUAUUAUAUAUAUUUGUAAAU